GGACAAAGAAGGAAGGCGUGAAGGGAUAAACGGCACAGCUUGGGCGUCGGGCUGCAGUCUGGAAGUGGAGUGCUCAAUGUGGGGUUUCCUUCGCCUUGGGAGGGCCAGGCUCGCUCAAGAAACAGCAAAGUCGACGAUUGCUCAGAACCUGAAGACAACAGCAGCUGCUUCGUUCUGUCAGCGCCGUUGGUUUGGCGGAAGCUUCGCAAGAAUGGCGCCUGUGCGGGACCCCAACACGCUGUCCAACUACGACCAAUGGCGGACCAGACACACCACCGCCAACUUCAAGGUUGAUUUCGCAGCAAAGUGUCUGCGCGGGUCGGUGAUCCUCGAGCUCGAGUCGCAGACAGACAAGGCCAGCCGGGAGAUCAUUCUUGACUCCAGCUACGUCGACGUCUCGGCCAUCAAGCUCAACUCGACACCUUCGCAGUGGGUGAUCAAGGAUCGCACUGGUCCAAACGGCUCCCCGGUCCACGUCGCGGUCCCCAACGGUGCCGCCAAGGGGGAAGUUGUCAAGCUCGAGAUCGAGCUGGCCACCACUGAGAAGUGCACCGCCCUCCAGUGGCUGACUCCGGCCCAGACGAGCAACAAGAAAGCCCCCUUCAUGUUCAGCCAGUGUCAGGCCAUUCAUGCGCGGUCUAUCUUCCCCUGCCAGGACACCCCGGACGUCAAGAGCACGUACGAGUUUAACAUCCGCAGCCCCCAUGUCGUCGUUGCCAGCGGUGUUCCGGUGCCGGGCGCGACGGUGGAUGCGGGCGAGGACAAGAUUUACAAGUUUGAGCAGAAGGUCCCCAUCCCUUCCUAUCUCUUCGCCGUGGCCUCGGGAGAUAUCGCUAGUGCCCCCAUCGGAAGGUGCUCGUCGGUGGCUACGGGUCCCAACGAGUUGAAAGCGUCGCAAUGGGAGCUUCAGGAUGACAUGGACAAGUUCCUCGACGCUGCCGAGAAGAUUGUCUUCCCCUACCAAUGGGGAGAGUACAACGUCCUCGUUUUGCCGCCGAGCUUCCCGUACGGAGGCAUGGAGAACCCCAUCUUCACCUUCGCCACACCCACCAUCAUCAGCGGUGACCGGCAAAACAUCGAUGUCAUUGCCCACGAGCUCGCCCACAGCUGGAGCGGUAACCUGGUGACGAGCUGCAGUUGGGAACACUUCUGGCUGAACGAGGGAUGGACCGUGUACUUGGAGCGGCGCAUCCUCGCGGCCAUCCACAAAAAUGAUGCCUAUUUCGACUUUUCGGCUAUUAUUGGCUGGAAGCAUCUCGAGGAGGCUAUCGAGGGAUUCGGAAAAGACCACGAAUACACCAAGCUGUCGAUCAAGCACGAUGGCAUUGACCCAGACGACGCUUUCAGCACCGUUCCUUACGAGAAAGGCUUCCAUUUCAUCUGGUCCCUUGACCGCCUCGUCGGACGGGAGAACUUCGACAAGUUCAUUCCCUACUACUUUAAAAAGUGGCAGAACAAGUCCCUUGAUUCCUACGAGUUUAAGGACACGUUUCUCGAAUUCUUCGGCGCGCCUGAGUAUGCGGGUUUGAAGGAUAAGCUCGCGGAGAUCGACUGGGAAGGCCGCUUCUUCAAUACCGGGCUCCCGCCGAAGCCCGAGUUCAACACUUCGCUUGUUGAUGUGUGCUUCCAACUUGCCGAGAAGUGGAAGCAGAAGGACUACACGCCGAGUCCCUCGGACAUUUCGUCCUGGACCGGCAACCAGGUUCUCGUAUUCCUGAACGCGGUGCAGGAUUUUGAGGAGCCCCUGACUGUGGGGCAGUCGCAAAACCUGGGCAAGAUUUAUGGGCUCGCCGACUCGAAGAACGCCGAGCUCAAGUCGGCCUAUUACCAGAUCGCAAUGAAGGCCAAGGAUACCAGCUCGUACCCUGGUGUCGCCGAGCUGCUUGGGAAUGUCGGGCGUAUGAAGUUCGUCCGACCACUGUUCCGCUCCCUCAACAAGGUGGAUCGUGAUCUCGCUCUCGGGACGUUCGAGAAGAACCGCGAUUUCUACCAUCCCAUCUGUCGCCAACUGGUUGAGAAGGAUCUUGGGGUGGGCGAGGCGAAGUCCUCUUGAAUUGCAUUGUACUUCCGUAGUACUAGUACGGCGAGAUGUGCUGUUGUAUCCAUUUAAUUACAGACAUUGUGGGACAAAGAGGUCUCGGAAUGUCAAUCGCCAAUGGGCCACAGCUUUGAGCAAUGAAUGGACUGCUAGGGUGAUUCGGAGAAAAGAACAAAAAAAUCUCACCAGGAUCUGACAAAGCAGCAUUUUGUCUUCGCGCCAUCUCUGAUGACUUUCAUAGUUUGGCAAGAAUAUUAAACAGGACCAACGGAUUACGCCGAUCAGUAUCCUGGUAUUCUUUACCGAGGAGAGGUGAAGCCCAAGA